AAACGAUUUUAGGUGGGAUCUUAAUCGUUUUAGUGACCUAAAUACAUAAGGGCUAAUACCACUACAACACCCGAACUAUCCCGAAAAUGCCACUUGUGUCCUAUUGUUUCCAAUAUUCCAUCUGUGUCCUGAACUUUUAUUUUGUUAGUGUUGACCGGUGUUGACCGUUAGUAUUUAACAGAAAAUCCAGUCAGCGUUGACAUGGCAUCUGACGUGGAAUUUUCAUUAUCAAUUUUUAUUUAUUUUUCCAUCUAAAAUAAUAAAAACAAGGAAAACAAAAUGAAAAUCCCAAAAUCUUUCCCUCUCUAUCUCCCAUCUCACAAUCGACAGACUCAAUCCCUUAAUUCAAUCCCCUUCUCUCUCUGAGCUCCAGAUCGAUGGCUCUGUUUGAAGUCACCGUUCUCAUCCACCCACUACUCCCUAUCCGAUCGGCGUCCAGAGAGCUCGAAAUCUUCUCCACUGUUCGUCGCUGUCGAAGAGAUGGUGGAUUCAAAUUCGGCGAAGAGCGAGAAGCACAGUUGGCGGCGGCGAGACCCGAUCGAUACGUGGCCGAUGGGAAGCGACGGUGGCUCCAGAUCUUUCCACUCUCCAUGGCGACGGACGGCGCCUUCGAAGUGGCGAUCAUCGCAAUCACCAUCUCCCGUUUUCGUCACAAACCAGAUCUUCUCCACUGUUCGUCGUUGUCGAAGAGAUGGUGGAUUCAAAUCCGGCGAAGAACGAGAAGCCCAGUUGGUGGCGGCGAGACUCGAUCGAUACGUGGCCGAUGGGAAGCGGCAGCGGCUCCAGAUCUUUCCACUCUCCAUGGCUAUUCCUACCCAGGCAGCGAGCCAACAACCGUACCGCCCUCCAGUUCAAUCGACACUUCAUCCAAGGUUCCCAAUUCCUUGCCCUAGCAAGAUCCGCCGCCGCAAAGAACUCCUCCCUAUCUCAAUCCCUAGCCAAACAGCCACAUCCACUGUUGCCUUCUGCUUCUCCUUCAACGUCAUCGAUUCGGAUUCAAGAACUCUCAACGAUGGUGAUAGAUUCCAGAUGGAGAGGGUUGAGGAAGCGAGGUCGUUGUAAGAGCAGCUUGUCGUGGGGGAAGGCGGCGGCAAGAUAUCGUUGCCACAAAUGUUGAUUUGAGGAAGGGAUUUGAAGGCGGCAGUGAUGGUAGAAUUGAAGGCGGGGGUAGGGUUGGGAGCGGGUUGAAGGCGACGGUGGGUAGAAAGUGAUUUUUUAAUUAUUUUGCAUUUUAUUUUGAUUUUGAAUUAAAAAGUAUAUGUGGUAUGAUGUGGCAUCUACGUGGAUGCCACGUUUUCUUCCAUGUCAGCAAAAGUCAACAUCUCUUUGACCACCGUCAAGUCAACCGUUAGAGAUAACGGUCAAUGAAAUCGCAGGAUACAA